UAGCAGGUUAGCUGGAACAGCUAUCGCAUCAGAAAAUAUUAAAUGAAAGUAAAAUGUGUACAUCCUGCUCGUUAAAUACUUGAUAUCUUAAUUGAGAGAAACAAAACGUCUGUUAUUUUAACGAGGUCGCCUCAGGUCAAAGUGAUGCUUUUACUGUGAAGGAGGCAGCCCGGUAGUGCUGUGGAAGGAUGUAAAAGCUAAAUGGCGACACUCGGACGAGCCGCGGUGUGUUUUACCUUCAGAAACAUGUUUCUCUUGUGUAUUUGCCUUUCUUUUUCCUUCCUACCUUUUACUUUAUCGGCUCAGAGAAACGACAGGCCGAUAAUUGGUGUUCUGGCUCAGGAGGUUUUUCAGCCUAAACCGAACCAAACUUCUUACAUCGCUGCGUCCUAUGUGAAGUUCCUGGAGGCAGCAGGAGCGAGGGUUGUACCUGUCAUGAUUGACCAGACACCAGAGGAAUAUAAGUCUCUGUUCAACUCCAUCAAUGGGAUCCUUUACCCAGGCGGAGGCGUCAGCAUCAUCUCCUCUGGCUAUGAACGGGCGGCAAAGAUCUUUUAUGAGCUUGCUAUCGAGGCGAACAAGAGAGGAGACUAUUUUCCUGUGUGGGGAACCUGCCUUGGAUUUGAACAGCUGACGUAUUUGACUAGUGGGAAGGUGACGCUAUCGCAUACUAAUACCAGCGGUGUGGCACUGCCUCUAAACUUCACUAAUGAAACCAAAGACAGCAGGAUGUUCAAAGGCUUCCCUGCUGAACUCAUGAAGGAUCUGGCUUCUGAACCGCUGACAGAAAACAGUCACCAGUGGAGUUUGGCAACACUGACUUAUAAUACAAGCGAAGAACUGCAGAAGUUUUACAAAGUUCUCUCUACAAACACAGACGGACAAACAGAGUUUGUGUCAACAGUGGAAGCAUAUGAUUAUCCGAUCUAUGGGACACAGUGGCAUCCAGAGAAAAAUGCUUUUGAAUGGACGAAGCCUUACAUUCCACAUUCUCCGUCAGCUGUCAAGACAACCUUCUACAUGGCCGAAUUCUUCGUCAACGAAGCCAGGAAGAACUUUCACAGAUUUGAAUCCGAGGAGGGAGAGAGCAAAGCGCUGAUAUACAACUACAGUCCUGUUUACACUGGCCACAACAGUAGCUUCCAGCAAAUAUACUUUUUCUGAUGCGUGUUAGCAGAGCGCUUCCCCCAUUCAACGGCUGAUUGGCUGCUUUAAUCGUGACUUGAGAAUGUUUGCAGAUAAUUUGACGUGUUUGGUUUUGUAUUUGUGGCUUUCCCCGUCUGUUCAAUCAGCCGCUGAACAAAGUAGUAAACUGGAAAUAGCGGAGUUUUAUACAUGCAGCAUAAAUAUUGGUGCAGUGCAGGAUUUAGAGAAUGUCAGAUCGUGUUUUGCAGACGCCGUGGCAGGGUUUACAGUUGCACAAUUAAGUCCUGUUGCACAUUUUAAAGCCUUUUAGUCUCAGAGAAUUAUCACUAAAAUGUAGAGUUCAGAGUGAGGAACUAGUUGGUGGAAAUACACUGCCUGUCCAAAAAAAAAGUCACCAGCUGGAUUUAACUAAGCAAAUAGGUAAGAGCCUUCCAUCGGAUAAUUACUGCAGUGAUGAAUACAUUUCAGCUGUAACAACUUAUUUAACCCUAGCUGAUGCAGUGAGGAGCUUCUCAUUUCUUAAACAACCAUGUAGGAAGACAUUUAGUCCUGUGGUCAUGGAAAGGAUGUUAACCUGUCUCAGAAGGGUCAAAUUAUUGGUCUGCAUCAAGCAAAGAAAACAACUAAGGAGAUUUCUGAAACUACUAAAAUCAGGUUAAGAACCGUGCAACAGAUAGUGGUGAACCAUCAUCUUCAAGGAACAAAUGUGGUCGGAACAAACACUUAGAUGAUUGUAGGAAAUCAACAGUAGAACUCACAGCUAUGUUUCAUAGUGAAAGUACGACCUUUUUUUUACGUGCACAAUGUGAAGGGAACUCAAAGGAUUUGGACUAAACAGCUGUAGCUCUAAGAAAACCAUUGAUCAGUGAGGCUAAUCAGAAAAAAGGCUUCAGUUUGCUAGACAGCAUAAAGAUUGGAGCAAUGGAAGAAGGUCAUGUGGUCUGAUGAGUCCAGAUUUAUCCUGUUCCAGAGUGAUGGGGGCAUCAGGGUAAGAAGAGAGGUGGAUGAAGUGAUGCACUCAUCAUGGCUAGUGUCUACCAGCCUGUGGGGGUUAUGGUUAUGAUCUGGGGUUGGUCAGGUUCAGCAACGUUAUGUUCCCAAAGAAUGAGGUCAGCUGAUACCUGAAGAUACUGAAUGACCAGGUCUUUCCAUCAAUAGAGUUUUUCUUCCCUGAUCUCAUGGACAUGUUCCAAGAUGAUGAUGCCAGGAUUCAUGGGCUCACAUUGAGAAUGAGUGGAUCAGGGAGCAUGAGAUGGAUUGUCCUCCAUAGAGUCCAGACCUCAGCUCCACUGAGAAUCUUUGGGAUGUUCUGGAGAAGACUUUGUCCGACUCUCCAUCAUCAAUAUAAGAUCUUAGUAGAAAAUGAAUGCAACUCUGGACAGAAAUGAAUGCCGUGACUUUGUAGAAGCUUAUCGAAAUGAUUCCACGGCAAACGUGUCAUUCUCAGAGCUAAAGGCGGUCCAAUGAAAUAUUAGUGUGCGACUUUUGUUUGGACAGGCAGUGUACUUUGGCUUUUAGUACUUGAAGAGUAAGAAUAUGUGCGUCAAAUGGGAAUAAAAGUCAGGCUUAUCUUUGCUAUGUCACCAGAAACCCCAAAUAUCUGCAGAUGUUGCACUGAAGUGACAAUUUUCAGUUUUCAGCUUGUUCUGCUGCCCCCAUGUGGCAAAAAAAUCCCAAUACAGCUUUAAAAUUCAUUAAAAAAAACAUUCCAAAAAAACA